UCGUCUGCCAUUUCACACCGGGGAAGAAAACCGUGAAGAGUUCUUGCUUCAACAGUGUUUGAACGGAACUUCUUCAUUCGUCCCGCUUUGUUUUUGUUUUUUUCUACUUCUCUGGCUCGCAGAAGCGAAUAACCCUCUCUACCUGAACACUACUGAAAAGGUCGGCGGAAGGCUCUAUUUUUGUACCGUUUUGCUAAGAAAAAGCGCAAGAAACGCCAGCCAAAAUGGAGUCCCAAGUGCGUCAGAACUACCACCGCGACUGCGAGGCCGCCGUCAACCGGAUGGUCAACAUGGAGCUGUUCGCCUCUUACACCUACACUUCCAUGGCCUUUUACUUCUCCCGUGACGACGUGGCCCUCCCAGGCUUCUCCCGUUUCUUCAAGGAGAACAGCGACGAAGAGAGGGAGCACGCCGAGAAGCUCCUGUGCUUCCAGAACAAGAGAGGAGGACGCAUCUGCCUCCAGGACGUCAAGAAACCGGAACGUGAUGAGUGGGGGAGCGGGCUGGAGGCCAUGCAGUGCGCUCUGCUGCUGGAAAAGAGCGUCAACCAGGCUCUGCUGGAACUGCACAAGCUGGCCUCAGAGCACGUAGACCCUCAUCUGUGCGACUUCCUGGAGAGCCACUACCUGAACGAGCAGGUGGAGGCCAUCAAGAAGCUGGGCGACUACAUCGCCAACCUCACCCGUAUGGAUGCCCACAACAACAAGCUGGCAGAGUACCUGUUUGACAAGCACUCCCUGGGCAGCGAGAGCUAAACGCAAAAGCUCAGGAUCCGCCUGGAGUGAAAAUCUUAACACAGGCUUCAACCAGAGGCUCCUCUCUGUUCCAGCUGCUCAUUCACGAGCACAAUCGCUGUCUAAUCUCAAUCUGAAGUUUAAGUGCCGUACGUUGUGGUGGUAUCGCUGUUUUUCAAAUGUCAUGUGGAAGGAUGAAUGUUGUCGGUGACAUUUUGAACAAAGAUUGUGAGUUUGUGAUCUGUUAAUCUGAAUAAAACAUUCUGAGCUGGA